GUGGUUGUGAAUAAUAAUGUACAAAAGUUAUGGUGCAGAUAUACGAACUGUCUAAGUUUAAUAAACCACCUUUCCGUAAGGUGCAGACAUUGACGACAAUCUUCUGUCCAGAAUUUUAAAUCGUUUGAAACACAACGAUACAUUAUCUCGAAAAUGGGUACGUAUCUGGCGGAUUAUCUUCUCCACGGAGUGUACUCUAUUAAGUUAACUCGACGGGGGAUUGGCGUAUAGUAAUCGACAUCAGUAGGCGUGGCUUGUCUUAUCUGAGUCAUUGUAGGUAACGCUUACAUAGUUAGCGGAAUGUCUUCGUAUCCAAAACCAGGGAAAAGAAGGGCAGAAAUGGAUUUUUAUCAAAUGAGACCAUUGAAUAAACGUGCAGUGUCUCGUGAUAGUAUGGGAAGGUAUUCAGAGCGGUCGCUACAUUCAGAUUAUCGAAUGGGUAGAUAUAGAGAAUCUGGUAGUCAAUGUCGCAAUUGCUUGACACGCAUUCCUUAUGCCACAGUUAUUGCUACAAUAAUGUGCAUUGUAGGAGUUGGCAUAUUUUGUGGCACAAUGUAUAGAGGUGCUACAUUAAGUGUUCUAAUGUUUGAUCAGGUGUUUAAACUUCAUGUAGUAUGGAUGGAAGUGGUCCAAAUGACAUUUGUUAUUAUAGGAGCUAGUAUGGGAGCUCUCGGGCUAAUGAUUUUGUUUGUAGGAUGUCUUGCAACUGGGGCAACAAGACAAAAAGUUUAUAGAGCUUGGGGAGCUCGUGUUGGUGGCAGAAUAUCUUGUGCUGUAUUUAUGAGCAUCACAUAUAUUUUGCAAAUAGCAUGGCUACUUAUGCUAUGUUUUUUGGUAAUCAUAACUGUGACAUUUAUGAUAUUCUGGGGCUUAUGCUCAAGUAAUCGGGUGCAAAAUGACAGACAGUGUAUUGACUUCACACAGUUUGAUUUUUUGUUUCCUAAUAAUACACGACCCGAACAUAUGAAAGUUUGUGAAACUAUUGAAAUUAAGAUGUUUUGUAAAGACUAUGUAGAGAAUGCAGUUGUUAUGUUUAUUCUUGCUACAGUAGCUUGCUUGCUGGUUAUCCUCAGUUUGGUUCAUUAUCUCAUGUGUUUAUCAGCCAAUUAUGCCCACAUCCGUGAUCAUGAAAAGUUUCAAGAACUUCAAGAGCUUCAAUAUCUGCAAGAUCCAGAUAUGUCUGUAACAGGUUCUAAAGAUCGCUUCUAGGACACAGCCAAAGAAAUCUUCAAGGGAGAAGUUGAGGGGUCUCCAUAAUCCUAAUACUGCCAUUGAUUGGUCCAGCUGUUGCAUUUUCCGUGUUCUUAAUAAUUGUUAAUUACAUACAAGAUAAUACUACUAGUGGCAGCUACAUUUGUUUGUUUUGUUGUCUUUACAAAGUGUUGCAGUGAAUUCUAGUUUUCACCAUAUUAUUACUGAUUGUUUGUAAAUGUUUUUUCUGAGAUCUAAAAAGUGGAAGAUAAACUUUCUAUUAAUUAUUAUACUUAUCUCUAAUGAAGCUUCAUGCCUUAUUUUUGUAUGAUCUCGCAUAUUUCUACUUACACUAAUGUAUAUACUAUUAUAUUACAAAGCAUAUUUUACAGAUUUCUCUAGAUUUCUGUUAGGGUUAAUAUUGUGCUAUGGCUUUAGGGUGUGCGAUUCCUACUUUAGUCUGAAUAAACCGUCCUCCAUGAUAAUACAAUUAUAUAAGUGGUACAAAAUAUUGAAAUCCCACUGUAAAAUAUUUUUAUGAAGAAAGAAAAGGUGGUAAUACGAAGUUAAAUAUUUUUGCUUUUCUAAUCGAUAGUAAUACUCCUGUUUGAGAAAAAAGUUAUAAUAAGAAUACUAAAAACCUAGCGAUUUAUCACAGAUGCAGCAGAUGUAAAAUUGUGUGGAACUCUUGUGGUGCAUGAAUUAAAGGGAAAAGGAAUCGCUAGUUAAUUAUUAUUCUCCACUUUUCCAGGAAAAUAUUUAUUUUUCUCUCCCUACAACAUCUGAAUGUUAAAGAAUGUUCAAUGGAUUCUUAGGACAGAGGAUUCUUUGUGCUAAGGUUAUUUCACUCAGACCUGUCACAAGCAUUGCAUUGACAUGCACUGUAGAUUAACACCAUCUUGGCGGAAUGGCCAAGAGCACUAGUGCACUGUUUUGCAUGAGAUAGUGUUAAUCUUUGAAGCAUGGUACUUCAUGCUCGUCAAUGCAAAGCUUAUGUGACGCAGAUUUAUAAUUCAUCCUAAUUCUAUUUCCAACAGUUUGUUUUAAUCUAGGUUAAGCACAGGGUAUUUUAAUAAAAAUUAUUGUAUUUGGAAAAUGUUGAAAUGGUUCACUACAUUUUUGAAGUAUGCGUACAGAUUCUGAAGUAUUCGUUGAUGGUGAAAGCACAUUAAUUCCAUAUGUAUAUAGAAUGUCAUGAUUCAUCUAGUGAACAUGUAUUUUUUGGAAGAUUUCAAAAAGAAUUUUAUAUAAAAUUUUUUACAUUAAGUAGAUGUGAGUGUAAAAACCAUACAAUGUGUAAAUUGACUUGUGUGUUUUGUAGAACUGUUCCAACUGUAUUGUCUAUUUUAUGACAAUUUUUUUGUAUGUUACCGUAUUUUAUUAAUAUUUGUAAUUUCACUAUUUUCAUAUUGAUAUUUUUAAUAGUAAAAGCACUGGACUAUAUAAAACUGAGUGCACAUCAUAUUUUGUACAGUAUUAGAAUUAAUGGUAUUGCCAUUUAUUACAAUGAUGCCUCUUGUAAUCCAAUGCAAUUAAAAUUACAUUCCUUACUGAAAGUAUUAUGUAAAAGUUUGAGUUCAUUUUAUAACAAUAUUCCAGUGUAGAGAAUUCAUUUUCUUAGCAAAAUGAAAAAUAACUUAGAAGGUGAACAUGCAACAAUGGAUCAGAACAUCGGCCCCUAAGUUUCUUUCUUGAAGGUUUCUUUGGCAUUUCUGGAAUAUUUUAAGCUUUCUAAUUUACAAAGAUAAAGUGGGCUGUCCUUCACUGAGCUGUUGUUUUGAUGCCUGAUCUUGAAAACUUUGCACAUUAUAUAUAUGUAUAUAAGCUAUAUUUUUAUAAUAAAAAGCACAUUCAAUUCUUAAAAUAAUGGUAAAUGCCAAAUAGAGGUUGAUAUUAUUUUCGUUCACAAGUUAUGUUUUGUUUUUAGAGUAUUUUACAUCAAUCUGUUGCUUUUGGUUGACUAUGCAUUUAUAUCAGUAUAAUGCUGAAUAAAAGUAUUAAAUAAGAUGUAUUUAUAGAAAGAAGUGGGAACAAUAUUACUCUUGUUGAACAUCCAAUUUUCUUCUACAACUAUGGGGAGUGUACUAUGAAUGAACACUUUUUGUUAAUGUUUUUAAAAGAGAAAUGUAAGGAUAGAAGUGAAAAUCAAGAUUAAUUUAAAUGUAAGAAAUAUUAUUUUACUGAAAGUUCUGUUUCAAAGUAUAUGACUAUCUGAAUAGUAUUAGUUAGUAUAGUACUAGUUCAAAGUAUAUGAAUAUACUAAAAUUGUCGAUGUUAAAAGGAUGACACUGCCUUAUGAAUGAAACUAUGUGGCUGUAAAGGGGGAUGGAGUUUGUUAAAAAAUAUUCUUAAAAUGAACACUUUAUAAACAUAUAUUACGAAGACUUGAUGAAUAAAGUUCUUUAUUAAAAAAUAUACUUUGACUUUUUUUAAUUUAUCGAAAAUUUUAUUUGCAACAGGAUGGAAUUCAUUUCAGGUAUCCCAACAAUUAUUACCACACUAAAUAUUGGAUAUGCUAGGAAAGUAAUUUUUUUUAAAUUCAAAUUUCUUCAAAAUUGUGUCUACUUAUAAUACAAAAUAUAUCUUUUUCUACUUAUUCAUGUACGUUAAAAAUAAAUCAUUCAAGUAAUGACAAAGAACAUUCAUGAAUGAUCGGUUAAAGCUUAUUUCAUUAAAUAUGAAAUUAAUAUUUAAUUUUCUAUGAAAAUUAUCAAUAUGAUUAGGAAUAACAAUUAAGAAAUAUAUAUAUUUCUAUAUAAAUUUGUUUCUGAAUAAUAAAACACUUCUUGUACAUUAGUACAGUGAAACAUAAGGAUAAUUAUUUGCUGUGGAUUAAAAAAAAAACUCAUACCACUGCUACAGGAGCCAAUCAUGUCAAUUACCAAG